AUGGGCUUCUUUAGAUGCGUUCGAGUGCGACCGUUCUUCGGACGAGGUGAAACAACGGGCGUGUCCCCUCGCUCCCCAAAAGCUUGGGAGUAUGGAAUUGUCACGGGCUACACUUGGGUCCAAGACCGUUUGGCAGGGGAGCUGUUUGUCUGCUUCGGCGACGAACAGGACAGUGUGCCUUUCAACCUCAAUGAAUUACAGGAUCUUGCG